UGUUCGCCCCAGCGCCAGCGCCAGCGCCAGCGCAGUCCGUUCUGUGUCCGCUCCGCGCCGCGUGUGGUUCCUCGUGCUCUGCUGUGCCACUCUCCGCCGUGUUUACCUACUCUCGGCCGCCCCGAGGAGGACCGCCGCGCUCGGUGAUGCUGUGUGCGUUGUGGUGGGAUCGUCGCGAGAAGACUUACAACACGCCCUGCUAGAGGCCGCACAGUUAGCCGGAGGGGCCUUCCAACAGACCGACUGAUAAAUCCACCCGGAUCACAACAAAGUUGAGGUACCAGGAGCUUGCUUCGUGCUUCCACAAAGGCAUCAUCAUUUCUGCGGAAGGUCUCGCCAAAGCACAGAUGUGCUGACGUCACACCCCGGGGCGACGCGCCAGCGCGGAGCAACCGCCGUUCUACUCAUGAGACACAUGCCGCGCGGGGGACGCCGCCGCGGCCAUGUUGAAAUGGCAGCAACAGCAGCCGGCGCACCACCAGCCGGGCCAGGGCCUGCAGCACCAGCACCAGGCCGCUCGCCACCGCCACCCCCCGCACCAGCAGCCGAUGCAGCCUCCCGCAGCGCCGUGCAGCGCCGCUCCUGCCGCUGCCCCUGCCAGGAAGACUGGCCCGCCCAGCGAGUCUUCGGACGCGCCGUCGGCGUCCAGCACCACCUCAGCACCCAUCACCGUCCGCAUGCCUGGUGCAGAUGACUGUGCGGAUGCGAGGCUGCCGGUGUGGCUGGGUCCCCGCGUGGUGUGGGUGGCGGGCGUCGGCCGGCGCACCACCUGCGAUGACGUGGUGGAGGCGCUGGGCGCCAGCCCCAGGGACUACGUCAUCGCGGAGCGCUGGGGCCGCGUGGAGCGCCGACUCGACGGCAGCUCGCGCCUGCUCAAGCUGUGGAGCGCCUGGGGCGACGCGCAGGGGCAGGUGCGGCUGAUCCUGAGACAUGCGGACGACGUGCAGCAGGCAGCGAACAGCAGCCGUCGACGAUCGCACCACCAGCACCGCAGCCGACCCCGCAGCCACCACCACCAUCACCACCACCGCCACCAGGAACAGCACCCGCGUGGCGUGGAACGCCAGCAGAAAGAGGACGAGGACGGCAACACUGCCACGGUGCGGCGGCUGCUCCGGCUGGUCUUGGAGCAGGGGGAGACCAUCGCGGAGCAGCUGGCGCGCCUGGGCGAGCGCGACAGGCAGAUCAGCUCGCUGGAGCUGCGCACGCACCGCCGCCGCCUCAAGCGGCUCGGCUCCAACUACCUGCUGGAGGCGUACCUCGGGCCCGGAGCCCCGGCGCUGGGGGCGGCGGGGGCGGAGGACAGCGGCGUCGUCAGCGACACGUCGCCUGCCGCCACCAGCUCGGGGACUGCCGACUCGCCGCCUGUCACGCAUCCUCGCGUGCCUGUGGACCACGAUCACGACCACGACGCCGAUCUCUCGGACGACGCCGUCAGCUCGGAUGACUCGGCGGUUCCGGACGACCUCUCGGAGCGCGUGGAGCUGAUGGAGCGGCUGGUGCAGCUGAACAGACGCCUGGAGCGGGAGGAGUCGGCGCUGGUGCGGUUGACGCUGCAGGUGCGCUCGCUGCAGUCCCAGCAGCCGCAGACCCGCCACGAGGAGCCUCCAGCCGGCGGCGACGAGCUGGAGGUGCGGCGCGUGCUGCUGGAGCGGCUGGAAGCGGCGUCGCGCCAGCUGGAGCGCGGCCGCGCCGAGCUGCAGAGCAACGAGAGCGCGCUGGCCAGCGCCGACGCGCAGCUGGCGGAGCGCCGCCACCGCCUGCACCUGCUGGAGAGCCAGCUGCAUCUGCUGGACUCCAGCCUCGACUCCAACUCGGACACGGGGCUCAGCUCGCUGCACAGCGGCAGCGAGGAGGCCGACGCCCUCUGCCCGUGCCCGCCACCACCACAGCUGCAGCUGCAGCUGCAGCCGCACCCGCUCGACACGCUCGUCUGA